GACGCAAAUUAUUUGGUGGCCUCUGUACUUCUACUUAGAAUGACCGUCCGCUGACUUCCGCUGAGAACGUCGGGGUUAUGAAUAUUGAAUGAGGGGUGGAGAUCUGAAAGUAGGUGUGGACUGGACGGGCCCCCGCUGGGACCUGACGGGCCAGUCCCGCCGCCCUUCCGGGAGCUGCUCAGUUGGCCGGCUGACUCCGUGGAACCCAGGCGACUCUUCCCACCAUGGAGGGGACGAGCAGCCCGAGAGACUCUCUGCCCAGAGAAUCCCGACGCAGGAGGGUUGUUCUGAGCUCGAGUCAAAAGGGUGCUCUGCAAGCAUCAUUUGAGCAGAACCCCUACCCUGGUAUAGCGGCCAGAGAAGGACUGGCCAGAGCAAUUGGCAUUCCAGAAUGUAGAAUCCAGAUUUGGUUUCAAAACCAGAGAACACGACAGCUGAGGCAGAGUCGACUCAAGUCCCGAGGCUCCUCAGGAGAACAGCAAGUGCAGACUGAGGAAGGGCCUCGUCCUCACGCUCAGGAACGCGUCCCCAGGGAAGGGCGACGAAAGCGCACGUCCAUCACCGGCGCCCAAACCAGAAUCCUCAUUGAAGCUUUUGAGAAGAAUCGGUUUCCUGGAAUUGCCACCAGGGAAGAACUGGCUACACAAACAGGCCUCCCGGAAGCCAGAAUUCAAAUCUGGUUUCAGAACCGAAGAGCUCGGCACCCAGGCCAGAAGAGCCCAGGCGGAGGCGUGAAUUUCCUGGCAGAAGGCUCAAAACGAGCGCAAACCCCGUCAAAGUCCCAGCUCGAGUCCAUGCUGGAUGAGGACUGA